CCCUGGCAUCGUCGGCCGCCGCUGCAGUCGCUGCCGCAGUUCGCUCCGUCGGAAGAGGCGAGCCCUCUCCUCCUCCUCCUCCUGCCGUCGCUCCCCGUGGUCCUCUCCCUCUCUCCAUGGCCAGCGCGGGGCUGCAGCUGGUGGGCUACUUCAUGGCCCUGGCCGGCUUGGUGGGCUCCAUCUGCUCGUCGGCGCUGCCCCAGUGGAAGCAGAGCUCCUACGCCGGGGACGCCAUCAUCACGGCCGUCGGGCUGUACGAGGGCCUCUGGAUGAGCUGCGCCUCGCAGAGCACCGGGCAGGUCCAGUGCAAGCUCCAUGAGUCGUUGCUCUCGCUCGACGGUGCGUCCCACGGGUGCAUGGGGGGGGGGGGGAGCGGGCGCACAGGGAGAGCCGGGGCUGCGGUUGCGCCUCGCUGGCGUCCAGCAGGCAGCCUGCGGGUGGGUACGGGAAGCGGGGCUCUCGCCUGACGGGAUGUAGCGCAGCUUCCAAGCGUCUGUAACCCGAGGUACCCCCUCUAAAUCAAGUACAGUGGUACCUCGGGUGACAGACGCUUCAGGGUACAGACUCCGCUAACCCAGAAAUAGUUCCUCGGGUUAAGAACUUCGCUUCAGGAUGAGAACAGAAAUCGCGCGGCGGCAGCAAGAGGCCCCAUUAGCUAAAGUGGUGCUUCAGGUUAAGAACAGUUUCAGGUUAAGAACGGACCUCCAGAACGAAUUACGUUCUUAACCCGAGGUACCACUGUAAAUGAAUUUACUAAAGCAAUUUACUAAAAGUAGACAUUGUAGAAAGAUUUGGACAGAUUUUUUUCCUGAGCACUUGCGGGGGGGGGGGGUCAAAAGAAAUUUAAAACCACUAUUGUUGAGACAUUUGAUUCCGAAUCUGCUAAAAAGAGGUUGAUGACAGGUGGGUGUCCUGCCGCCCCCGCCCCCAUAAAUCCUGGCUACGCCCAUGGCAGCAUCCCCGGAUCUGGAACCCCUUCCCACUCAAAUGUGCCGCCUGUUUGUGUGUGGUGGGUUUUAGCUACGCAGUGGUGGCGGCGGCUGAGCGCUCUGCUUCUCUCUCCUCCUAAAUUAGAAAAGAAAAGCUCUCUUCCCCCCUCCGCAAAAAAAACAAACUGCCUUUGAUUGUCUCCAGUGCACUGAAUUUUGGAUUGUACAUUCUUAGGGGCAGAGACCUGUCUUGUUGUUGUUGUUGUUGUUGUUGUUGUUAUUUAUUUAUUAAAGUUCUUACGUUACAUCAUCAGAUAUUGUCAUAUUACAUCACAAAACUUAUUAUACUGCAAUUUUCAACCUGUACGUAUACUUUAUAUACAUAAAGGGGGGGGGGGGGGGGAGGAGAAAAAACAAAAUAAAAAGCUAUUCCAAACUUACUCCAAAAUCAUAUAUAUAUACAACACUUUGGACUUCCUGUCUAUGCCAUUGUAUAUUACUUUUUUUACAAAUGAAUGCUCUCUUAUUAUUGUGUAUUUCUUUACAUUUUAUCUAAUACAUUCCUAUAUCAAUAUGUACCCUUGCUCUUGUUCCUCAGCUCGGUCUCUCCCCAACGUCAAUCGAAUGCUUGCAUAGAUAGUGAACCUUUACUGUAUUUUUUAACAUAUAUCUUAUAUCUAUCCCGCUUUUCCAUAAAUUUUUGCUUUGAGUUGCCUCUCAGGCUAUUUGUCAGCCGUGCCAUUUCAGCAAAUUCUUGUAGCUUGGUAUGCCAAUCCAUGAUUGUCGGGACUCCUUGUGUUCUUUUUAAUGUUAAAACGCCACACAGUUGAUAUCUCCUCCUCCUCCUCUUCUGCUUUUAUUUUUAUUACAUUAUUAGCUUUCAUAUUCUUUCAUAUCCAGGCUAAAACUUGGCAUCAUAUAAAGGCAUUGUGAGUGACCUCUGGUGAGCCUUGUCUCAAGGGAAGGCUCAAGGUGAUAUUUAUUAUUGUUUAACAUUUAGUGCUAUUUCGUAUCCCCGUUGAGCCUUGGCAUCAUGUAAAGGUGCUGGAAGUGACCCCUGGUGAACCUUGCCUCAGAGGAAGCUCGGGGUGACAGUGGUGGCUGUUUAUUAUUUGGGGGCUGCCUCCAAGUAAGUGCUACCCAUUGCAAUUACCAUAUUGGCCCGAAUAUAAGCCGCACCUGAAUAUAAGCCAGACAUUUAAAAUUGGAGAGGGGAAAAGAAAAUAAGGGGAAAUAGCCAAAUAUAAGCCGCUCCAUUCCUCGCUGCUCCUGGCUGCAUACCAUAAGGUUGCGAAUAUAAGCCACACUUUGACUUUUCACAGUUGGAAUUUGGGGGGAAAGUGAGGCUUAUAUUCGGGCCAAUGCGGUAAUGAACCUAAGUUAGCCAUGUCUACUAACUUCAGCCGGUUAACUCUUGAGUGGGACUAACUCUGGAUAAAAACUAUUACUAUUGAUAAUUAUUAUUUUGCAGUAUUUAAUAUCCAGGGUGGGAGGGUGAGUCCCACUGUCAUUGCUCUGCAAGAGCACCCCUCCAUGCAGUAAUGUUGGAGAUGCAUUGAAGAAAAAAACCAAUACAGUGGUACCUCGGCUUAAGUACUUAAUUUGUUCUGGAGGUCCGUUCUUAACCUGAAACGGUUCUUAACCUAAAGCACCACUUUAGCUAAUGGGGCCUCCCGCUGCUGCUGCGCCACCGGAGCACAAUUUCUGUUCUCAUUCUGAAGCAAAGUUCUUAUCCCAAGGUACUAUUUCUGGGUUAGCGGAGUCUGUAACCUGAAGCGUAUGUAACCUGAAGCGUAUGUAACCCGAGGUACCACUGUAAAGAGGAGUGAUGUAUGGACUUUCUAGAAUAAACCCAACAUUAAUGCCAGGGCCAGGCCAGGACGUUUUGCUGCUAGAGACAAAGUGGGAAAUGCUUUCUCCACUGCUGUGUGCCCGUUGUUGUGUGCCAGCCUGCCAGGUGGGCAUGGAGUGGAAAAGGAAGCUGACAGUGCACACUCCCUGGCAGCUGGAUCUGCCACUCCUUGUGGCUGUCUGAAGCCUGCCGUCUUGAGGCAACCGCCUCGCUUCGCCUCGUGGAUGGGCCAGCUUUGACUAAUGCAAUUUGAUUGUGGAAGAACCCCCGGAGGGGAAAAGCUACCAGUCGGUAGCGACGCUGAUUCUUCAACAGAUCGCUCUGCUGCCAGCUCUCUUCUCUAAAUGUUUUGCAUGGGCAAAGCAACCCCUAACAGAACGAAGAUCUAAAACAGUAACUGUGUGUGUGAUGUUCUUGCAUGGGUGCAACUGCUUGCUGAGGAUUAACUAUUAUUUAUUUAGCUAGCUGGCAGUACACCCGGUGUUGCUCCAGGAAUCUAAGAAACAUAGACCAAAACCUACUCCUCGCUAUCGGGAGCCCAUCAUGCCAAACUGGAAUUAGGAAAUCUUCAGAGGCAUCCAAAUUGGCACAGUUUGGGCCUGACAGAUGGAUUCAAAAUGGCGCCCAUGUGUUAUUGUGUGAGAGUCCGUUAUCCUCUGCAUCGGAGACCCCUUUCAGAGCUGAUGGAGCCUUUGGCCUGAGUGCCAGUGGAUCUGAUUCAAGGUGUAGAGCCCGGGUUAAAUAGCUCUUCGCCUCUGUGUCAGAGCUUUUUCAUAAGUGUUGCAUGUAACUGUUAAAGGAGCCCUUUGCCUAUGUGUCAAUGGGUGAGAGUCAUUGGGUAGAGUGGUAAAGAGCCUUUAGCCAAUGUGUCAAAGAGGCCUUUAACAGGUAAGGGAGCCCUUUGCCCAUACAUCAGAGGUUGGAACAAGGCACUCUUAAUUGGAAAUGAAAUGAAAUGUCUUUGUUAAAAAUUAGUUGCUGGAAGGGUUGCCAUAUGUCCUCUUUUUCCAGGUCACAUCCUCUUUUUCAUGGGUAGAGGUAAAAAGGUAAAGGUAAAGAAUCCCUGGACAGUUAAGUCCAGUCAAAGGCGACUAUGGAGUGCAGUGCUCAUCUCUCUUUCAGGCCAGACAGCUUUCUGGGUCAUGUGGCCAGCAUGACUAAACCGCUUCUGGCACAACUGAACACUGUGACGGAAGCCAGAGUGCACAGAAUUGCCAUUUAUCUGCUUGCACUGGCGUGCUUUCGAACUGCUAGGUUGGCAGAAGCUGGGACAGAGCCAUGUGAGCUCACUUGGUUGUGGGGAUUCAAACUGCCAACCUUCCGAUCAGCAAGCCCAAGAUGCUCAGUGGUUUAGAACGCAGCGCCACCCGCUGUGUAAAGUCAUCAUAGUGAUCCAUAGUUAAAAGUAAAAGUCGGCAAAUGUGACCUGUUUUUGCUCUUCAAAAUAUGGCAACCCUAUGGGCCAUUUUGAAGGGAUGCGGGUGGCGCAGUGGGUUAAACCACAGAGCCUAGGACUUGCCGAUCAGAAGGUCAGAGGUUCGAAUCCCCACAAUGGGGUGAGCUCCCGUUGCUCUGUCCCUGCUCCUGCCAACCUAGCAGUUCGAAAGCACAAAAGUGCAAGUAGAUAAAUAGGUACCACUCCAGCGAGAAGGUAAACGGCGUUUCCGUGUGCUGCUCUGGUUCGCCAGAAGCUGCUUAGUCAUGCUGGCCACAUGACCCAGAAGCUGUACGCCAGCUCCCUUGGCCAAUAAAGCGAGAUGAGCGCCGCAACCCCAGAGUCGGCCACGACUGGACCUAAUGGUCAGGGGUCCCUUUACCUUUAUGGGCCAUUUAAAGCAACUUAACCCUGCAAUUGCAGCUGCCUCUUUCCCCCCUUGGACACCCCAAAGACAAGCACUUUCUUGUUUUCCAGUUCAUAUCCAGACUUCCCGGGCACUCAUGGUGGUCUCCAUCCUCCUGGGCUUCGUGGGGGCUGUUGUCAGCGUGAUCGGAAUGAAAUGCACCAAAGUCGGAGACGAGAAUCCCGUGGUGAAAAGCUGGAUCGCUGUGUUGGGGGGUGUCUUCUUCCUACUAGCAGGUAAGUAAGCUGAAGGCUAAUAUAUACCCUGUGGGCCUUGUCCCAACCUGGGUGCCAAAUGGGGCCCUCUGGGCAUCUCCCUCUGACCUGGGGACUCUCCCUGGUCCCUUGUCUGCUCUAUUUGUACUCUCCUUGGGUGUUGUUGCCUGGCUGGGUUGUGUCCUCAAACUCUGAGAAUCCCUCUUGCUUGCCUGGAUGGAGGACAGACGUGUGUGUAUGACAACACGUGGAAACUGGAUUGUGCUGCAGAUCUGGAGGCUGGUUGGCUGCCACUGCUGAGUGCCUUCUCUAUGCUUCUUCUCCUGCAGUAUUCAAGGCCAGACUAUGUUUCCGGGCAUCUUCCACCUCUCUGGUCUGCUCCUCCUGUCAUUCUUCUUGUUAAUGAAUAGUAACAGAUUCCAAGGCGGGAUGCAGAGGGGGUAGGUGACCAGCAGUCCAAUGGUCAGCCUGGGUAUCUGAAUCCUGGGGGCAAGGCCCUUGAGGCUGGCAGGUGGGGGAGCCAGUGGAGCUGGAUGGCUGCUGCAGCAUGCUCUUGCUGUCACCCCAUGGUGCCUAUCUGUGUUUUUUUUUAAAUUGAUAUUUAUUAAAUUUUCAAAAAAUAACAAAUAACAACAAAAAUUACCAAAAAAGUUUGAACAUACAAAAAACAAAAAAAAAAACAAAAACAAAAAUAAUACAGAAAUAAUAAAGAAGAAAAAACCCAGCCACAAAAAAGAAAAAAAGAAAAACAGAAGAACAGAAAUAUAAAAUCCUUUACGAUCUCCAUUAACUUCCUUUCUAGACUUCCUCCUCCUCCCCUCUCUUGUUUCUUAGUGUUUAAUUUUUACAGCAAAUCCUUUCUGUUUUUUCAUAACAAUCUAUCAUUGCGUUUCCUUGUUCUAUUUUCCCUCUUGUCAUAUAAAAACUUUAAAACUCAAAGCUUAUAUUCCAUAUUUAGCAAAUUCUUACAUCAUUACCUUUUACAAACCAUUUACCAAUUCUUACUUAAGUCAUAUAAUUUCAUUCAACAUCCUUCAAACAUUUAUAAACAUUCCCAAUAUUAAAAAUAAGAAAAAGAAAAUAAUAAGUCAGAUUCAAUCCAGUCAACUUCCAGCCUCCCUCCCCUGGUCCCGGGAUUGUCAGUCCUUUUAACCUCAAUAAUCCGGCUCCUUAACCUGGUUGUCUCGUGUCCGAGGCCCUCAAGUCUCUUUCUUGCCCCUUUCGCCACUCUUGUUGAUAUUUCCCUUUCAGUCGUGGAUACUCCAGCAAAAAGAUGCUUUUGACUCUUUGCAGCAAGUCCAUCCCAAACCCAUUACCCAAGCCAGACAGCAGAUAAUACCACUUCCAAUUUCCAAAAAACUUGGAGACUUCGACUUCUCCAAUCCUCUGAUGGCCCAUCCCUAGACUCGGAAAGUCCAAGUAACCAUAUAGAGGGGUGUCAACCCAUCCCCCCAUUUCCAAAUCUGACCGCAUUUCAUCUUUCCGAAUCAGGUUUGUCCCAAGUUCAUUUAUCAAGUUCAAAGGCUGAUCUUGCCCAUCCAUAAGUCCCUCCAUCUCUGAAGCCUCCGUCGCUACAGCAGGUUCAUAUACUUGUAUAGACUUUAACUGAAUUUCAUUUGUUUGCUGCUGUGCUCUGGUGACUUCCGUCAUCAUCAAGGUCGACUCCUGACGCAUCUGGUCCAGCUGGGCACUUAAUUUUGCAAAACCUUCCAGGAACACUUGUUCAAGCCUUUGUACAAGCAUUGUCCUUCAAGGUCAGAAAAAUUCUUUCCCACGAGAAUGGUCCUUCUCUUUUAAACUCUCUGCAUUGCAAUUUCACUCAGUUCCACUAGAUGGAAAACCCUUUUUUUUUUUUUUUUUUUUAAGAGGGGAAAAACAACAGUAACAAUCUUUCUUUUUCCAGAAACACUUUAUCCAAAAUUCCCCUUUCAAAUUCAAGAGGCAACAGUAGAAUCAAAAUGUUACCCUUCUUUUAACUAUCUGUCGAGCUGGAUAAGCUUCAAAACGUCAGUUCUGACAGCCCGCUCCUGGUUCAGGGAGGUGGAAAAUUACUUUAUUUUAAACUCACUUCCGCAGGGUUGAAAAGAUCAAAACAACCCCCUUCUUCUCCUGCAAUCAAAAGGGGGGGGGGUUCAGAAAUCUUAGAUGUUGAAUUUUAGUUCUCUCAGAAUUUAGUUUUCAGGCUUUAGUAUAAUUUGUCUUUGCUUUCUUCAUGUAACAAAAGAACGGAAGGCGACUUCCUGUUUAGACCUUUCCGUUCCGAGUCCCAAUUAAAUUCAAUUUCAAGUUCAAGUCCAAUGUUAUUUAUUUAUUCACCAAUCUUAAAAGUAGUUCAGCUCUUCCAGGAUCAGGUACUCACGGAUAGAUGAUUUUAGAUGCCAAAUUGUCCAGGAAAAAGGCAGCGCUCUCCGAAAACGGCAGUGCGGCUUUGCUGCACGGAGGAAGCAGUCGACUCACAGCACCACGCACCUCCCACUCCGGAGCCCGUUACUGGGCUCCUGUACAAGGGGAGAGAGCGCUCUCGGUGCCCGCCGAGUCCCACGCCCACAGGCUUCUUCCGCCUGUGGUUUUUGAGGGUCCCCGCUGCGCCGUAGCGGCAGGACCCAAGCCUCCGUGCAGCGGGUUCCCUUCAGUUCGAAGGGAAUUCCGCCAUUUUCCGGAGGCGCCAUCCCAUGGUGCCUAUCUGCCACCACUCACUACACUGAAGUGGAUAGUGACGCCUGCUGGUGGCCAAGGGAACUGCAGCCUGACGACAGUCUUACAUUGCUAUUAUACAGUAAGAAGAGAGUAAUAUUUAUUGCUCCCCCCACUUUUGCUUCUGGCCUACUGCCUACCACUGGCACAUAGCCCCCAGAAGGUUGCUCAGAAGAGAAGGUGGUUGAAAAAUGCACUCCACCCUUGCUUUAUUCGGUGGACUCGAAGUGGCUCAUAACAAAUACAACUUUGUGGAAACAAGUUAACGAGGUGGAUUAUUCCUCAAUAAGAGGGUUAUCGGGUGCACCUGUUCUGGGCACAUCCUGGUUUGGAGCAUGAAAUGCAUAUCAAAGUUCUUGUUAUACUGGUGCUUAAAUGAUGAUUCGGGGAACACAAGCAUGUGUUCAAGAUAGUAAAGGAAAAAGCUAGAUAUAUCAGCUUGCUCCGAGGCUUAGUAAGGGCAGUAGGUCAGGCAACACAGCAAUUUCUCCUUGGUCCUGUGCCUGCAGAUAAGCCUUAUGAAGUACAUUGACUACUGAAUAAUGGGGGAAUUGGAGACAUGUGACACAAGACAGCAGCAGCCAUAGGACAUAUAGGACUGCAGGGCCCAUUCUCAUUGACUCUGCUAAGAGACAAUCUCUGUUUGGCUGCUCCUCCUCUUAAACAUAUUCAAUUCAAGCUGUUCAUUUACUACUUUAAAGAACGGGUUUCUGGGCUUGCUUGUAUUUCUCCUCCGCCCCCCCCCUUGUUUAUAACACAAUGCAUGGCAUGGAGAAAGCAGACAGAGAAAAGCUCUUCUCCCUCUCUCACAACAUUAGAACAUCCCAUAAAGCUGAAUGUUGGGAGACUCAAGACAGUUAAAAGGAAGUCCUUCUUUACACAGCCCCUAGGUGAACUAUGGAACUCACUCCUGCAGGAGACAGUGAAAGCCACCAACUUAAAUGGCUUUAAAAGAGGACUGGACAAAUUCAGGGGAAGAGAGGGCUCUCAAUGGCUACUUGCCACAUCAUCUAUGUUCUACCUCCACUGUCAGAGAUAUUACACUUCUGAAUACCAGCUCCUGGGAAUCGCUGGUGGGAAGAGUGCUGUUGCACUCGUGUGUAGCUUGCAAGCUUCCCACGGGCAUGCGGUCAGAGACUGAGAGAAUGCUGGACUAGGUGGGUUCCUCGUCUGAUUCAGCAGAAUGUUCUCAUGAUGACUCCCAAUCCUGGAACGUGAGUGUAAUGUGUAGUUUGGCCCCCAAUUCCUAUUAACUGGAUCAUUUGUGUUGUCUUCUCUGUUCCCAGGUCUGUGCACUAUGACGGCUGUUUCAUGGUACGCGGCACGGGUGACGUACGAGUUUUUCAAUCCCAGCACGCCGGUUAACGCCAGGUGAGAGCAGGGCCUGUGCCAACCCAGAGUGUGCUUUCUUACACCUCCUGUCAAACCAGAAAUCACAGCAGCGAAUGUGUGCCUUUCAAAUCCCAGAGAGAUUGUCCCAGUUGUGUACAUCAUCCCCCCUCAAUCACAAGUGGGGAACGUUUUUCAGUCCAAGGGCCACAUUGCCUUCUGGGCAACCUUCUGAGGGCCACACGCCAGCUGUGGGAGACCGUAGAGAAAAGGGAUGAAUGUAAAUGUUACCUUUGCACACCAGGCUAAUUUUGAUACACACUCACAAACCCAUCUCUACGGGGCCAGCAACAUGCCCUCGCUGUCUGAGAUCUCGCUGGAAAUCAGCGCUGAUUUAAUGCACGUUAACCCACCAUAAUGGUGCAAACACAAGUUCUGAUAUGCACUUCAAUCCCUCCCAUAAAUUCCUGAAACAGGAAGCUGAUUGUCACACCAUGUAGCGCAGUAUUGUCUACAGAGACUGGCAGCAGCUCUCCAGGGUUCCAGACUAGGGUUGUUGCCUAGCCCUACCGGGGGGUGCCAAGUAAUGAUCCUCAGUACCUCCUGCAUGCAAAGCAGGUGUUCUGUUGUUCUGCCACGCCACUGUGGCCCUUUAUUUUUUGCCAUCUUGAGGCAACUGCGUUUGCAUGUCAAAGCCCCAAGCCAACCCCAGGAGAAUGAAGACACAAGGACACAGAAUUUAGGUUAAUGUUAAUGGGCAAAAUUCAGGCCACAGCUUCAUUGAUUACAGAAUGUGAGUGGUAUUGGCUUAGGCAUUGGCAUCAACAGACUAUAUCUGACUCCUGCCCGCCUUGCAGGGAGUUUUUUAAGGGUAAACCACCAGUAGGGGGAGCCCCGCCAAUGUGGAUCGACUCGAGCAUCCCCUGGGUUCCCGCUGGGGUCGUGGCAUGGCCCUAGCCCCUCCCUGGGCUUCCAACGAGAUCCACACCCCUGGAUUCCUUUAACACAGGGGUCAGCAAACUUUUUCAGCAGGCGGCCGGUCCACUGUCCCUCAGACCUUGUGGGGAGCCGGACUAUAUUUUGAAAAAAAAUUAUCAACAAAUUCCUAUGCCCCACAAAUAACCCAGAGAUGCAUUUUAAAUAAAAGCACAUGUUCUACUCAUGUAAAAACUCGCUGAUUCCUGGAUCGUCCGUGAGCCAGAUUGAGAAGGCGAUUGGGCCAGAUCCGGCCCCCAGGCCUUAGUUUGCCUACCCAUACUUUAGUGGAAUACCCUUGAGCAUGGAGGGGCAGGUGAUGGCCGCACCUCCCCUCCCCCACACAUUGCUAUUUCAGUGCCCAACCACCUAACCUUACAAAGUUGUGACGUAGGCGAAAACCAAGCAGCCAGUGCCAAUUUGCCAAGUGGAAAAAGUGCUACCAGGCCCGUCAACGGCGACCAACCGAAGUCCAUAGCAAGGCCAAUGACGCAACCUGACCAAAGGGUGGGAGGGCGGGAGAUCCGCGGUGUGAGGCUGAAAAGGGGCGAUUCAGUGUCGCACUGUGGUUUAAAUUGACCCCGACCACGCCCCCCAAGCCACCUGAUUGGCCACUGAUUGGGACACAGUCUUGCCUCCCAUGCUGAGGGGGGAAGCUUGGCGGCUCACCCACAAUGCGUCCCUGCAAAGAGGUGGAGCCGAUUUAUCAGGAUGCACACCUCGACAUGUCUGCUGUUAUAAUCUGCACUCUUCUCUUCUUCUUUUUUGGCCUUAGGUAUGAAUUUGGACCUGCUCUCUUUGUGGGGUGGUCAGCAGGCAGCCUGACCGUGCUGGGCGGAGCCUUCCUGUCCUGCUCCUGCCCCAAACCGGAAGAGAGAGGGCAGCAGUACUACCGGCAGUCGCAGCCUUCCACGGCUAGAGAGUACGUCUGAAUCCCAAGGGAAGAAAGAGUGGAGACAAGUGACGGGUGGUUCCUUUACAUGUCUGUGGAAUGGAGAGGGCCAAGUUGCCAGAGGCACAUUAUCUCAGGGGUUGUUAUUAUUAUUGUUAUUUUUGGUUCCUUCUCAGAUUCAUGCACAAGAAGGGAUUUGGAACGUCUUCCCCACCCACAGCUCUGCAAAAUGGCAUCACAGAUGGGCCCGUGUGAGCGGUGGGAAGGGAGUCCCAACCUCGUGAUAUGUUUUCCACCCACCUGUUGUGUAUCUGCGGGCUUGAAACUAACAGCCCUCUUUUUAUUUCCCCUUCAUUUUUCAGGCCCCCUGUAAAAAGGGGAGAUCAGUCCGUGUAAUGCCUUCGGGGGGAAGAGAGAGACAUGGUUCUGGGCCUGAGCUUUUCAAUCCAAGAGACCAAAGUGACUAUAGCGAGGACAUUUAAAAAAACAAACACAAAGCAGACACCCCACUGUGUUUCCCCAAGACCCCUUUUCCUUAUUGGGAGAGAGAAAAAUGAAAAACCAGAAAUGCAUCUUUGAAAAUGAAAGUUGCUCGUUUUCGAAAUGUAAAAAGGUCGCAUUAACUUUUCCCCAUGGUACCAUUUAUACUGCUUGACAAUGUGGUUCUACCUUUUCAACAACGACAACAACAAAAUAUAUAAAUGUUUCUAAUGGUUUGUACUAAACAUUUGUCUUAUUAAAAUAUUUUUAUUGCCAGCUUUCUAAA